AUUAAGCAAUUGUUGUUAAUUAAUCCCAUUACCCUUUUGCUCUUUGUUUUGUUUGCUACACAAUUAUCUCUCCAACUUGCCUUCUCGAUUCGUACCAAAGCUUUCAUCAUCACCCUCCCUCGAUCUUACAUUCUCUGGUGUAAGAUCGAGGUAGAAUAGAAAGUGAGAAAGAAAAAAGAAGGAAAGAAGAUCAACCGGUUUGAUUGGAGAUGACCGAAAAGGCAACAAGCAAGGGGCAUUCGUGGUUGUGGGCUAGUCACAUUCGAACCAAGCAGUCAAAAUGGCUCGAACAAAACCUUCAAGACAUGGAAGACAAAGUCGAGAAUGUUCUGAACUUGAUUACAAAAGAUGGCGAUUCAUUCGCUAGAAGGGCGGAAAUGUACUAUAAACACCGGCCUGAGGUCAUAAGCUUCGUGGAGGAAACCGCCCGUGGUUAUCGAUCUUUAGCCGAACGAUAUGAUAAAUUAUCGACCGAGUUACAAAAGGCCAACACAACCAUUGCUACGAUAUGUCCCGAAAAGGUCACCUACGGCGAUGACGACGACUACACGGUUGGCCCUUCAAAACCUAAAAAACCCACUCAAAAAGCAGCCUCUAAAAGAGCAACCAAAAUUCCUAAAGCCCCUAAACUUCCUGCUAAGGGUGUCCUCAGCACUUAUUCAAAGAAAACGAUCAACGAUUCGACAAAAGACGAUCAGUUGAAGUCGUGUGAAGAGACCAUAAAAAUGUUACAGGACAAACAAGAACAGUUGAGCCAGGAAGCUAAAGUAGAACAACAAAGAUUCGAAGAGACUAAAGCGAAACUCGAAGCCCUCAAACACAAAUUCAACCUAAACGAAGACGAAACCAAUGCUGACAAGUCUGGUUCAUGCGAAACCGAAGUUGAAGAGACUAUCGACAAGUUCGUGAACAAGAUGAUAACCUUAGAAACAUCAGUUACAUCACAAACUACACUUGCCGACACGUUAAAAAAAGAAAACCACGAUUUACAAACACGAAUUCAAAACUUGGAAGCCGAAAAGGCUGCCAUGAUGAACACGAAAAACGUUGUUAAUGUUGAAUCAAAAGUGGGAAAGACAGAUCAAGUGAGUUGGCUUGAGAUGUUGUUGAAUGGAUAUGAAAACAAAGAUGAUAUUCUUCUAGAACAAUAUAUAACAAUCUUGAAAAGCUACAGGGAUACCAAGAAGAGACUAAGUGACGAACAAAUAAAGAACCAACAAACUCUUUCUUCGAUGAAAUCCGCCAUUGUCAAGAGGGAUGAGUCAAUUAAACAAAUGAUACAAAAGUUGAAACAUCUUCAAGAGAGUUUAGGUGAAGAUAAGGUAGACAUACCUUCAGUUGACUUCCUUGAUGAGCCACAAGUUGUUUCUGCCAGUGAAGAAAAACUAAGAAGGAAUAUUGAUGUGAUACUCGAUCAAAAUCUCGAUCUCUGGUUAAGACUGAGCACGACAUUUCGACAAGUACAUAAAUUUAAGAAACAAGUGAAAGAUUUGCAGGAAGAGGUUAAAAAAGUUGAAGCCAGGGGACUCUCAGAGGAAUCCAAGUCAUCUACGUUUACCAGAGAGUUACUAUCAGAGAUCAAGCCAAUAUACAAACAUCUUAAUGAGAUAAACACUAGACUUACAUCUUGGUUACAACAAAGCAUAUCACUCAACGACGAACUCGACAUGAUAAACUCGUGUUUGUGCAACAUCCAGGAAGAAAUUACACAGGAAGAAAUCAAGUUCAGUGCACAUCAGGCUGCUAAGUUCAAAAGUGAAAUAUUGAACAUGAAACAAGAAAACAACAAAGUUAAUGAAGAACUUGAAGCAGGUUUAGAUCAUGCCAUUGCCCUAAAACAUGAAAUAGAACAGACCCUAGAAAGACUAGAAAUGAAGUUUGGUCUUUCUGCCAAUCAGAAUAAGCCACCUAAGGGAAGGUCAUCAAGGCGGUCAUUAAGCUUGAGGUCAUUGCUUUUUGGCAGUAAAUCAAAGAAGCAAAAGUUCUCCUCCCUUUUUUCAUGCUUGGGCCAUCAGAAAAGAACCCGAUCCAUGUAAACGUGGCUGUAUGUAAGUCUUUCUGUGGGUUGUUCAUAUGAAUAACAUUGACAUGUUCACAAAACAAUGG